UUAUAAAAUGGAUCCUCACAAAUCUGUAAUGCAUAAGAGAUUGGAAUCUAUACAAAAUUCAUCAAAUUCUUCAUCACCAUUGCGAAGAAAGUCCAUUGUUCAAAUCCCAUCAGCACAUAACUUAUCAGAAAACGACGAUGAGGCAGAACGUAUCGCUCGUCGACGUGAAAUAUUUACAACAUCACCAUCUAAUGGAAAUAGUAGUAGCAAAAGAUUAUCUCUGGGCCUGGGAUUUUUGUCAAAUAUUCCUGCACCUCAAAUGGCUGAGAGCAUGAAUAAAUGUAUACAACUGAAUGCUGAGAACAAGAUCAAUAUCAAGAAUGCAUUUAGUUUGGAGAUGAUUGACUUUAUGACGUAUAUGAUAAAGAAACAGGAUGUUAAUAUGUCGAAUUUACUAAUGGCUAGCACCUCCUUGGACGUGAGUACCAAGAUCUAUGGAUAUCGUGUGGACAAUGUACAUAUGGAAAUACUCAAAAUGGUUGGUGGACUGGAUAAACAAGUAAAUAUGGAGCAAAAUUCGGAAAAUCAGGAAGAAACUGUGCACGAAGAUGCGGAAAACGUCGAGGUGCCGAAAAAAAAGAAGAAAUCGAAGCAAAAGAUCUUCAGCACUGUUGAAGCUCUGAGAGGCAAUAUUGAGAUCGUAAAACCUAUGUCGGCAAUGAUAGGCGAAGGAGAUUUACAGACCAGCGAUAUGUUGUACCAAGCGACGUUGCCGAACCACGCGAAUUCCGGUUUUUAUCAGCAUCCAUAUAACGACGUGCUCGUUGAUGUCUUGGAGAAUAAAUCUGAAUCACAAAAUAAUUCAAACGUUAAGUAUGUCAUACCAGCGAUCGAAGAUUUCUCGAAUUUGGAGAUUUGUGCGUCAUAUUCAAACUUUGAGUUUCUCGGCUGGUCCGUAGAGAAUGAACCGGAAGAGGAAAUCGAAUCUCCUGAUGACAGUGAGAACCGAUUUCAAUUUGAUUUGGAUGCAAGUGUGGAGCAUGAUGACGAUCCGGUGCCCGAACCCAUGAAUUACUUUGACAUCGAACAUGAUGACAACGAGAAUGUUCAAGCAUGUUUUCGACAAACGAUGGAUCGUCCAGUGAAUAUUGUGGAAGUGCACAACGUCCGGGCAUCCGAGUACUCCUUUGUUCAACCAAACAUGAGCUUGCAUUGGGCUGGUCCAUCCCAUUGGAAGUUUUGGAAUUUCAUGAAAUCUUCCGCUGUCGACAGAGAUGGUGCAAAAGUAGCUUGCAUGCAAGCUAAGAAAAAAGAAAAGAGAAAACAAUUCAAAUUGCUAUAUGACGAGGCACGCGAUAUCAUAGACGCAAAGUUCGCGUCGGGUCAGUACAUUAAAUUACAUGCCAAAACGGCGAAAGCGGAAUGGAGCGCUGAAAAUUUGACUCUACCGGAGGAUGUGCAUUACGAUAUUGCGCAAGGGAGCAAACUCUAUAUGUACAAGAGAUUAACUAUAAAGUCGGAAAAUAGUGAGAAAGAGAAUGAGAAUGCGGUGAAUGUCGCUGACGUAUCCGAUGGCGAGAGAUACGACUAUAACAAUCCAAACGACACGCUCGAAUAUUGUCCGAAUGUUGAACACAAUGAAGAUUAUGAUGAUUAUGGGAGAGAGGAUGGUAACGAUGAUUGUAACUUUGAUGAUAGCGUUGCUGUAAUGGAUAGUCAGGGUCUUACUGGCAACAAUCUAGUUGCAGCGCCAAAGUUGAUUAAUAAAAUAUCUAUCGCGUAUUGUUUGAAAGCAAAGAAAAUCGAUAUGCGACAACUAAAGAAAUCCAUAUGGACCUGUUUGAAGUCCACGAAUAAUAAUGCGGCAAAUACUGAAGAAAUAGUAGAUGUGACCGAUACAAUGAAGGAGAGCAAGCAAUUCAGUGACGUUUACAAGGCACUGCCAAAAUUGCUGACAAAAAGCAACGCUGAAGCAUUGAGCGUACCGAUCUCUUUUAUAUCUAUGCUGCAUUUGGCGAACGAGAAAGAAUUGAAGAUUUGUUCGGUACCAGACAUGUCUGAUAUUAUCAUUCAACCUGGAUCACCAUCGUUGAAGUGACAAGAUUUUCUUUUGUGUAUAUAUGUUCAAAUAGAUAGAAAAGAUAAACAGGACAGAGUGUAAUAAAAUUUGCAUUGCAAGUUGCACUGUCGUUACUAGAAACUCUAUAACAGAAUUUCACUCUACUGUUUUACUCUAUAACUUUUAUUAUAGAGUGAGAUGGUAUAAAUUAGAGUGAGAUAGUAUAUAUGCAAGAAAAAAGUAUACACAUAUGUGCCUUUUUCUCAUAGGCUUUUGACAAAAUUGCUUGUAUCCAGACUCUGUUAUAAAGUCUCUAAUCGUUACGACAUACUUAUGCAAUGUAAUUCCGAAAGAAUAUUUUAAUCAGAAAUAAGGACAAUAUUUACUUUUACAAUCCUUGUUACAGACAAAUGAAUUGACAACUUUUUAUUUACGAAAUUUCGACAACAAUGAUUGUAUUAGAAAUUAAACGGAUCACUAAUUCGAUUAGAUUAUAACCAAUAUUUAUGUUAUACAAACGUUUAUCUGUCUACUUGAAUCGCACGAGGAUGUUUUUUAA